AUGUCCGAGGACAGUCAGUCCACAGAGUCUAUGCCACCUUCGGCUGAACAAUCUGACUCUGCUGGUCCUGGUCCUGCAAACGCACACAAUACCAACAAUACUGAUUCUCCAUCAUCACCGGCACGGAGCAAAUCUCGCCAUGCCGCCCCAGCCACCAAAAUUGCAACAACCACUGAAAGGCCCGCAGAGGCCAAGACUGCUAAUUCCAAUGUUGCCGUUGCUCAGUCGCAACCCAUGACUGUCUCUAAUUCGACGUCUUCAGAAAUGACCUCAAUUACUGACGCCGCAAGCAAUGCGGCCGCUCCUUACAGCACACGCUCGCGUGGCCGUACUAAUGCAGCACGUCCAAACUAUGCUGAAGAUGUUGAAAUGGACUUUGAAUUAACAAGUCCUGCGUCCAACGCCAAGUCUGCUGUGCAUUCUGCUAAACGAAAUGGCAUUUCAAGUGUCAACGGCUCUCCUUCAGCAGCUACAGACAGCGAAAAAGGCCCAGCUGCCAGUACCCGAAAGGGCCACACUGCCACCAACGGCUCUCAAGCCAAUGGUGUUGCCAAGGACUCUAUUCCCGGCACCUCGAGUUUCUCCACAAACGGCACCAGCAAUAAUAAUGCUUCAUCAGCAGCGCGAAAGCGAAAGCAGCCACCCAGUGGUGCUACGGGGGCCAAUCCCAACGGAUCUGCUAAACGCGUUCACACUACGUCUGGAUACAAACAUGAUAUCCGACUAUCGAACAUGAUGACUUUUGAGAAUUCUGGUGCGCGCUUGAGGAAUGGUAAACUGAAAGCUGACGAUGGCUCGUUUCUUGAAGUGAAUGAUCAUGUCUACUUGAUUUGCGAACCCCCAGGUGAGCCAUAUUACUUGGGUCGCAUUAUGGAGUUCCUACCAGGAAAAGGAAAUCCAACCGGCCCCGUCGAAAUGAUUAGGGUCAACUGGUACUACAGACCAAAAGACAUUCAACGCAGAGUCCCAGAUCCCCGUUUGGUUUUCGCUUCAAUGCAUUCCGAUCCGUGCCCACUUUCCUCCCUACGAGGCAAGUGUACUAUUAAGCACGUAUCUGAAAUCGAGAACCUUGAAGAGUAUCGCAAGCAAAGAGAUUGCUUUUGGUACGAGAAGAUGUUUGAUCGGUACAUGCUCCGCUAUUACGAGGUCGUUCCCACGAAGGAGGUGAUCAAUGUACCGAGUCACGUUAAGAAAGUUCUUGACGAGCGAUGGAAGUUUGUGCUGUGUGAGACAAACAGGAAGAAGGAGCUUACGGGUGCGGUCAAAGCCUGUACUAAGUGUGGGUUGUAUGCUGCUAGCGUCGACUCGGUGGACUGUGCUGUGUGUCACAGCACCUACCACAUGAACUGCGUGAGGCCGAAAUUGGUCAAGAAGCCAGCACGCGGAUUUGCAUGGGCUUGUGCUUUGUGUAGCCGAGCACAGGAGCGCAAGUUGGAAGCUCGCAAUACUCCCCUGGUUGGCGAAACUCUACCUGACAUUGAAGAGGAUCUGCCGGAAGAGGAGGAGGAAGAGCAAGUCAACAACAAUGCUGCCGUUGGUACCGAGCGAAGCAGUCCUGCGGCGGACGAGGACAAGAAACCAGCACCCGCCACAGCUGCUCAAAUUUCCCAGGCGAAAAUGUGGCCGUAUCGAUAUUAUGGCGUUCAUUGUCAAUUGGAAGAUGCUUUAGACUAUGACGACCGCAUUUAUCCUCGAGCAAGCUCUCGCCUUGGUACCCGUCAUCAGGCUGUUGUCAGUCCGUGGUACGGAAGACCUGUCGAGUAUGUCAAGUGUGCCGACAACAAAAAGAAAAACAAAUCGAGCAAAAGCGGAUCAAGCAAACAGUCCAAGGCAGUUCAAGCAGCUAUUGAGGCCGAAAGACAGGAGAGAUUGAAACGUCCCUGGGUCAUGGAUGAGCCCCCGGGUUACAUUCCCCGAGGCGAGGAUGAACCCAUCGUGAUCAACGACAAAGAAGUUCGCACUGCACAGCUACUCUUUAAGAUGCCCGAGCCUGGUGAGAUUCCCUCUACCAGAGGAGAAGAUGACGGUCCAGCGCCCGAAAUGAGCCAGGAAGAGCGCGAGAAAUUCAUCGACGAAUACAUGAACAGAGCUAGAGACCUCGCGGCGGAGAGGGGUCUUCCACGAUAUCAUACAAACUUCUUGGACAAGGCUUUAGAGUAUCUUUACUCCGAGAAAUUCAAUGUUGAGAGUGCACUCAAACGCCUGAAAAAGGCAGAUCUUUACAAGGAUCUGAAAGAGCCAAAACUUACCAAAGAUCAAAAGGCUCUUUUUGUCGAGGGUGUUUCGAAAUAUGGAUCUGAAUGGCUGAAUAUUCGCCGACACAUUGGAAACAUCGAGCCCCGACAUGUCGUUCGUUAUUAUUACAUGUGGAAGAAGACACCAGAAGGACGACGUGUAUGGGGUUCAUACGAAGGACGUCAUGGAAAGAAGGAGGCGAAACGUGCAGACUCUACAUCUAAAUUACUGGACGAUAUUGCCGAUGAAGCGGACGAUUCAGCAUUCGACAAUGAAAAGGCAAGCGAGAAGAAACGCGGCUUCCAAUGCAAGUUCUGCUUGACUCGUUCUUCGCCUCAAUGGCGUCGUGCGCCACUUACGCUCCCUGGUGCGACCGUGCCAGCGGAGCCCUCGUCAAAGAAGGCAGACAAAGGUCCUCAGCUCGCGGUAGCAUUGUGCCAUCGAUGUGCAAUCUUGUGGAGGAAAUACGCAAUCGAAUACAAGGAUGCAGAUGAAUUAGCGAAGAAGCUACAGGCAAGUGGGAACAAAGCUUGGCGUCGCAAGCUGGAUGAUGAAUUAUGUGCUCAAGCGUUGGUUCAACAGGAAACUCCACAGAUCAUAGCUACACCUCCGACAGGGACUGGGGCGAAUACUCCCUCCGCAACUGAAGCAGCAGUAGAGCCACCCAAGAAAAAGGCCCGAACGGCGGCAGAGAAAGAUAGUGCCAGCGCAUCAGCUAGAAACUCUGCGGAGCCACCACCGAAGAAGAAGGCUGUCGAAAAGCCCGUGGAGCCUCCACCAAUCAUUCCAGAUCCGCCUCGUGCGAAAAUAUUACCUUGUGCCAUUUGCAGAAAACCCGAUCCUACUGGAGAAUAUAGCGUUACAUGCAGAGAUUGCCGACUUACCGUCCACCGCAGUUGCUACGGAGUGGAACAAGAUAGCUCUCAUCCAAAAUGGCUUUGCGAUAUGUGUUCGAACGACCGCAAUCCAAUAGUUUCAACUCGAUAUGAAUGUGUCUUGUGUCCUGUUACUUUGACAGAGCAAGAGCUGAUGGAAGCUCCCAAGUCUUCGAGUCAUAAAAAGAAAACCGAACGCGAUCGGGAGAAGGAAAGGAUGGAAAAGGAGAUGGUGGUUGAAGCCAUCAAACUGUAUCAGCAACGACAAGAGGCUGUCGGUAAACCUAUUCAUCCACGCGAGCCAUUGAAACGGACUGUUGGCAACAACUGGGUUCACGUCAAUUGCGCAGUUUGGAAUCCAGAGAUUAAGUUUGGAAAAGCCGAGGAGAUGGAACCAGCGGAAGGUUUUGGACUCAUUCCCCGAGAGCGUUAUCGCGAGGUAUGCAAAAUCUGCAAGACAUCCAUUGGAGCAUGUGUGUCAUGUCAUUUCCCAGGUUGCAAUGCCAAGUUCCACGUGGGAUGUGCACACCAAGCAGGCUACACCUUUGGAUUUGACGUGACACCAGUCAAAGGCUCACGCAGGGAUUCGACAAUCACCAUGAAGAUGGGUGGUGAGAGUGGCUCCGUUUCACCAUGCAUCUGGUGUCCCAAUCACGCCGUCCAGUCUGUUGUGCAUGAUAUGAGCGAGCCCACUGAACAGAAUAAUUUGACUGCCUUGGAGCUGUACGUACGGACGUAUAAGCAAGCGGAUCUCACCAUGACAGGCACAGUUCGCAAGGCGGCACAUGUACAACAGCAACAUGCUCAAUCCAUGUUGCAGAGCAAUGGAUCCGGUCAUGCAAAUCGGCGAGCAUCUCUUAUCAACAAUGCUGGCUCAACUAGUGCGUCCGAGAGACGGAAUUCCACAUCCACCAUCCAAGAUCCAGCCGAAGUGAUUCAGCCUAGUACACACGCAGAGCCUCCACGUCCACAGGUCGAAUACAAAACCUGCAUAUAUUGCAGGUCCACUUGCAGUCCCCGAUGGUGGCCCGUCCAGCAGUAUCCACUUAUGAGCAAUAUGAUGAGCAACGGCAUGAAUCAUUUGAUGAACGGCGCGCCUCCCAUGCACUCACGAACUCUAUCGCAGACAUCAAACUCGUACGUGAAUGGGGAUGGCAUUAGGCAGAGUGAGCAGGCUUACGAAUGCCACAAGUGUCAUAUCAAAAAGCCUGCGGCAGCAUUACAGCCUCCUGAAACACUCCCUGCCGGAGCUUUCACAGCACAAACUCCGCGAGGCACGCUUUUGCCAGCACCACGACAGCCAGAAUAUCCUACAUACGCACCUCACGGCAAUCCCGGCCCUUUACCGAAUGUUUUGGCAACCCGUCCUGGACCGCCUCCUCCUCCGGGGCCAGCUCCAUCAGGGCCUGAGUGGUACAGCAGUUAUGACAAGCGUUUGGGUAGUCAUGGAGGACCUCAGACCAAUGGAUACGGGCAUGGUCAGCCUGCUCCAUAUGCCGGUGGACCUUUACCUCAAUUGAACGGAUAUGCGAGCGGGCCACCACCAACAGCAACGACUUUACCUUCACUUCCACCUGCAUCUGCACCGUCUCAUGCUCAUCCAAGCCCUGGUCCUGGUCCUGGUCCAAGUCCCCUUUUGCCUCCAACUCCUCACCACCACCCACCACCAGGACAUUAUGGACCGAUGCCAUCCAACUUACCUCCGCCACCGCCGCAACCAACGCAUUCUUAUGUCGGCUCUGCCAUGGGCGUACCGUCGAUGCUCUCACCUCGUGCACCGCCAGCUCGGCCGUUUGGCACGUCCAUGUCUCCUCCAGAUUUGAACGCAACUCUACAUCGUUCAUCACCGUCGCAUGGACUCAAUACUGGACCACCGCGAUCGAUGAUGUAUCCUGUUGAUCGUUACGCGUCGGCGCCUUCAUUAGGCAAUCCACAUACCGAUACACAGCCGGGCACGACUGACGAACACGCAUCGCAACCCAGUGGACGAUACACUGGACCUGGACCUAGCGGGCAAGCUGGGCCAAGCACGAAUGGUGGUAGCGGAGCCAGCGCAAGCCCUUCUUUGAAGAACUUACUUUCAUAGUGUCAGCGCACAUUGACUUGUUACUCGCCUAGAAGGCACCAACCCAUCUAAUGAUGAAUUGUACAAUAUUAGUUCUUUCAUCUUUUGACCUUGUUUGAAUUUUUUUUUUUGGUGCGAAGAAAAGAAGAUGGCAUUGUGUUUUGGAAUUUAUCAUUUUAUUUAUUUUCUAUAUCCUCAUUGUACGCGGCGUUCCUUUUGUAGAGAACCCGAGGAAUUUCUUCGACCAAGUUAGUUUAUUAUUUUAGAUGUGAAUUGCGAGAAGAAUUGAUUGUAUUCAACCU